CUGCACAGUGAGUCCUUUCGCUCGUUGCCAUGCUGUAGCUGACCGCAGGAUUGCAGUGUUUACUUAAGAGCCGGUGCAUAAGAGAAAGGCGGACCACCGGCAGUCACCACCCGCCGGGCCCUGGGCAGGACCUGGGGCUCAUCUUUGUUGAAAAUGGCUCUGGAACCUGCCACCUCCCACCGGGCUGGCCUAUAUUUAGCAACAAACUGAAAAACCUCUUCAUUCUUAAAAAGUUGUUUAGGUUUCCAUUGAGAAGGGGGUUCAGAGGAGGACGGGCGGUGAUGCUGCUCUCCUGUGGUCUGAGAGGUGCUUCUUUUAUGCCCUGGAUUCACCUGUAGAAGAUACUUGCGUUAACAACUUACCUUAGAUGGAAAUAGCUCAUCUCUGAAGAACAGCCCGGUAAAAUGUGGUCAAAUAAGAAGACGGGUCUUGGGAAACCUUAUAACAGACAUUGUUAUGACAUAUAGCAAUCCAGCAGAGUAAAAAAAUACCUCAAACACAUGUGAGCACUUCUUGCCAAUGAAUCUAAUAUGUACAGACAGCUAGAUAUAAACUGGAACUCAACACAUUCUUCUAAUCGUCUGACUUGCUUCCUAAUGUAAUUCGAACAUGGAAAGGACUGUUGAGUCUGUCACAGGUGUGAAGCCUAAAUUGUUGACAGUCAUAUGUAAGGACACCCAUAAUUACAUCCAAACAGCUCUCCAUACACCAACAACAUGAAAGCUGAUCAAAAUAAACAAAAGACUGCCCUUUAUUGAAGGUACAGGACAAAAUUAAUCAUUCACAGUGAAAGGAAAAUGGUCCUAGAGCUGAAUGAUAUGCAAAAAAAUAUGAAUAAUAACAGGCAUUUGAGUCAUGAUUUUAGUGGUAUUUUUUGCAUUUCAUUUCACUGAAAUAUAUAAUAUUCUUCAAUGUUAAGACACGGUUUUCAAAAAAUCUUUUGAUUUGGACAUUCUUCCUGGCCUUAUUACAAUUUCAACAAUAUUUUGAGUAACUGUUCAGCACUAUCUAACAGGAUUUACAACCUCUCCUUAUUAGUUACAGUAGUAUACUACUCAGUUAUCAGAACAUAGGAUUUCUGUCCUAAAUCCAAGUGUUGACUCUCUAGCUUAGAUUUGGGCUUUUUAAAAGUUUUCUUUGAAGUCUGAAUGUUUAACUCGUGUCUGUUUUUUUGCUUCACUUGGUGAAGAAAUUGGGUUGCGUGUUUCCUUCCUAAUGAAAAUGACGAUUUGCUGACUCUCCCUUUUUCUGUUUGCAUGCUGCUCUACUCUUCCCACUACUCAACGUCUCAUUGAACUCGGGAGGAGGGCGAAUCCAAGACAGGACAUGCGUAUUACAUGUUUUCAUUUGCCCUCAUAUAUGCCUGAAUAGUGAAACAAUCCCUCUUUUCAUGCCCACGGUUUCAUUCAGUGGGUGGCGAGAGCACCACUAUGAUUGAGGAUGAGGGAGCUGGGUGAUUUUUUCCAAGGUGAGCACCUCAUGGGAGAUGACUGCUUGCUGCCAUUAGUUUAAGUGCAGGAGUGUCAGUUAACCCGACACUGGCACCAGGAAUACUUAAUGCCAGAUGGAGGGAGCUGUCCUUGAAGUCGUAACAAGCAGGCACAGAGAAACAAGCCUUUAUUCAGUGCGAGAGAACAUUGAAAAAAUUGAUAACUUAGCAAGGUUACCACAAAGUGUACGUUAAAUCCCACAUAGGAAAGGGAGGGAUAAAGGAGAUUGAAGGGGGUGUGGAGGGGCAAAAGUCCAAAGUGGAUAAAAACAUAGUUUAGAUGUUGCUGACUGUAAUUUUUGAUUGCAUUCAAAAUACGCAGGAAUAUAAAACAAAGCAGCGGUUGUCACGCUAAAGGGUCCAGCUGCUUAAGAGGUGUCAAAUUAUUGUACCUCAGCUGGAUACAUCGGUGUUGGAAGCCAGGGGGUGAGAAAAGAGCCAAACCCAGCAGACUUUGGCACAUUUGUCCUCUACCGCUGGCACGGAUGAGCCACGCUGUGAGGCUUCAGAGCAUCGAUAGGCCCCCGGCGUUUUACUACCCAAAACUAUGAGCUGCUACAAGAGCGGAACCAUCAAGACUACCUCCUGGAUGGACAGUAAACAUGACGACAAGUGCUUUUUCAACAUGGUGUGCCUCCUAGUCCACAAUCCAAAUAGUUCUGAUGUAGGUCCUGCUAAGAGAAGUUCAUUCAGGCAGCAUGAGGCCUAAAAGUUUCAGUUUUCAAGAUUGGAUAAAUAAGAUCAUAUCAGCUAAAGUACCAGGUUUGGGGGGAAUGUGUCCUGGCUGCAGUAGACACAGAGCUGAGAGCUAUUACUUAAAAUAACUUGACACCAGAAAGACCAGUGAGGAAAUUACAAACACAGUCAUGUCAGUCUGUUAAAGCACCUCACACAAAGGUCCCCAAAGAGUCUCUUUUUGUCAGCUUUUAUAAAAUCCGCUCCCUUUUCUUUUCUGGUUCUUAAUUGAAAAUUGAGCUUGAGGCCUGCCAACGAUUGCAAUAAAAUGCUGAAUGCACUGAGCUGUUGGCACACUUCCUGAUCUGGCACUUCCACAUAGGAGUGCUGCAGAGUCUUUGUUGAUUGUCUACUCCUCAUUCAUUUCAAAUGGUUAAUGCUGAUACUCCCCAACGGCGACUCCUCGUUUGAGUGUGAGGCCUGUACACUCAGAGCCCAGGCAUCCGGGAAAGAGAGGAAACAGUUGGGGGGCAUGGCGGUGUCACACCAGACACAUCACAGGAGCCUUUUGAGAAGUCUUUGGCUCUUCUUAUACUGGUCUGGUACCAGUGUUCAGCCAUGUGGACAGAAAGACUAAGCAGAGGCAGGUCUGUUGAUAGCUUCAGCCAAGUUAAGCACGGAAAUAUUUCUUUCCUGUUAACUCAAGAGUCUGGCAGUCACCUGUGUGAGGUUGCCCCGUCUUUUAGUCGCGAGCCAUUGGCCAUUUGGUUCAGCUGUGUCAGGCAUGUUAAGAAAAGUCCAACCUGGUGUUGAACCAUGAGUUAAAUCAAGUAUGUGGUGUCUGAAAUCUUCCAGAAGACAUGAAUUGUUUGACACUACAUGACGCUCUGUGUCAUUGUCUCUUAAUUAAGAUUUUCUCUGUGCUUGUUAUGUUGGCAAAAGAAAUUUCCCUAGGUGCUUAAAUAUCGAGUUGCAACAAGUUCCUGAAGGCCAUGUCAUGGGGGAGCCUGGUCUUUGCUUCAGGACAGUGGAUACAUUUCUUUUUGGGCAAAGCUGGUGAUUGUGUUUGGCACACAGUAGCUCACUAGCACAUGCUCUCCUUUGACAUUUGUAUUAACUGACUUAUUUUGCCACUUGGGUGCAGCUGAAAGAAGCUGAAACACAACAUUAACAUCACAUUAUAAAGUUUAUUUGGGGAACUUGUUGCAUAUUUACACUUCCCGCAGAUAUAGAGCAACGUUAGCAUUCAUUAAGAGUGGUGUUUCUGACUACCCUUGCUCCAUGCUUGCGGGACUGCACACAGACUUAAAUGCUUAAUUGCAAGGAUGGUUUUUCUGCUCGUGGAUAUUGUUCUGUCUGCUUGUAUCUCAUGAAGGUACUUAGAUUUUAUGUCUGCAGGUUCGGAGACUAAACACCACAGGCGAGCCCCACUCUUUGUUCUUCAUUUGUCUUUCACCUCUUUUUCAGUGCCUGGUGUUAUCAGAAAUGCUGAUGUUGUCACAUGCAUAUUAGUUGGUGGAAAAAUUUCAAAACUGUGGCAAUCCUAAGUGAGUACAAGUGAACCAAAACAAAGUUAUGGGCCGUAAAGUCAAAAAAUAAGCUGAAAGACAUUAAAAUGCACAGUCGCACAGGGGAACUCCAAAGUCAAGUGACAGUGAUAAUUCUUUCGUCCAUUGUCAAUAUUAAAAUACUCACUAGAGCAGCUUUAAGUAUACAGGGUUCAUGACCCUGUUUAAUUGUGAACUUGAUAAAAGAUCUUCAUUGGUGAAUCUCUUUUGCAUUGCAAUGCAUUUGCUGUGGUCACCAAGUGCUGCAGAAGUGGCAAUUCCAGUGGCUCUAACAGAUCAAAUUAGUCUUGAUCCUUUUAUGUGCAUUACACUUUGAGAUGGAUGGCCUACAUUAAGUUUUCCCCUCAAUGAUCCAACAUGGCAUCCCAUCGGUGCCUCCCUAGAGACUUCUUCUUUAACUACAUGAAAGUUUGUGCACAGUAAUGUGUGCCUUAAGUUCAGUGAGGACAUGAGCAAGUGUGUCUCUGAAUUCGAUGGCCAAAUAAAACGGGAAAAGCCUUAAUCAUAAUAAUACAAAUACAUGGAGGAGUACUUGCGAUACAAACAGGCAGGUGGCCAAAUGGGCAUCAACAGGGGUCAGAGAGGGAGUCUCAUUUUUCCUUCUGACAGAAAUGUCUACAGCUAAGCAUGUGUCCUUUAAGUAGUUUGGAUUGUCAACAGAUGAAAAUAUACUGUGUGAGCACUACUGGAUGGCUGUUCCUAGGCCAGGACACACAAAUCUCAGCUCCUGUGAAAUACACUGCUCUCGCUGCCCGCAUCCUACCCACCUUUUUGCACAGGAAACUGCCCAGGACUUGAUCUUAAUUAGUUUGGCACCGAGUAAUAACAUCCUCUGAGGAUUAGAGAUGUUGUGAUAGAUUAGUGCAGGAAAAGUCACUUUUUUUAGUAUUAGUUGAUACAACAAAAUUCUCUGCUAACGUUAAAAGUCUAACAUUUGUCCAUUUGGUCAAACAAAAUAAACUUAACAAAUUAUAUAUACAGCUGACCUUUUGGUUAUUAAGUAAAUCUGGACCAAGCAACAGAUGUAUGCCCAUGAGGAUGACAAGACUGUGAUCAUAUGUCCUGCUGAAAUUUAAUAACUUUGAUUAAUUCUACAAGUAUGUGUUUUGUUGUGUCAGUGGAAUUGGAUAAGACAUUCUCUGGGUGGUAAAGGUUGACUUUUCCUAAGCUACUUCAGUGGUUGGCUCAAUUGGGAUUUAGAAAUGCUUAAAAUCCAAAAUAAACUUCACCAAGGAGUCUGAGCUUGACAUUUUUCUAAGUGAUCAGAAAUCCACUUUUGUACGAGUAUGUUUGAGUUUGUGCCGUCUUUUCCAAACACCAUUUUUCAUUCAAUAAUUCAAUUGUCGGUACAACUUUCCAUAAUGCACUCAUGCCAUUAUUUUCCUGAUUGAUUGAUUUUUGUCCUUCUCCUGUGGGUAAUUGUAUUUGUUCUCUAAGAUUUAUUUUACAAUAAUCUGUCAAGAAAUGUUGUCGAUUAUACUGACUGGUCGACAUCAGGUUGAGCAGUUCCAUUUUAAACGAACUCAUUCUGAAAAUGUGAAUGUUGACGAUUAAAGAGCAGGCUUUGAUCAUUUUUCAGGGGCCAUGACUGUUAUGCUUAAAGAGGCACACUCUAUGUUUCUUGGCCCAUGCCUUAUUUUCUGUAUAAAUUACAUACAAAGAAAGCUUAAGAGGUGUUUCUCAAGGGCUCAACAUUUUUUAUGCCUACACUCCAUUGGCAAAUGCACUAUGGAAAAGCUGAACUCUACAUGAAGUGCUGUAUUUUAGUGUGGUUUGCAGCUGAGGUGGGGAUCAAUUGCUUGGUUUCUGCAGCAGCAUCCCAGAAAGCCCCGGAGGGGCAGGUAUGAAGGACAGGUGGGGAGCCACACAGUGCCACCUCAAACCACUGUCCCCUGGUAGGAGGGGGGGGCUCACCACAGAUUUAGAGACGGGCUUGCUCAGAGACACAGGACAGGUAGAAGGUGCUCAAACACUGCCAUGUCUGUGUCUAAUGAAGGGCUGCAACUUCUGAUUAUUUUCAUUAUCGAUUUAUCUAUCUGUUGUUUGUCAAAUCAUUUUGUCUUUUACAUGUCAAAAAAUACUGAAAACAUUGUCUUGCUCCAUACCUCUGUAUUGCUGCACAAAUCCCAUAUUUGUUCAGUGGUUCAAUAAGAUGAAACUAAAUAAAUUGACUGAUGAAAAAAUAUCCCUCACGGUUCCCAACAGCUCAAGUAGAAGACAUCUUCAAAUAUCUUGUUUGGUCUGUCCUAAAACGCAAAACUAUUCAGUUUACAAUGAUAUAACAGCUUGUCUAGCUUGAUCUAAGUCUCAAGAAGCCCAGAGAUCCCAAAUUUAUUUCAAGUCGAUGCACUAUCAAGCUUGUGUCGCCACUCCUAAUGGGGUUUGGAUUAACAUUUUUAUCUGUGCAGCUACAGUGAAGAUUGUGGCUGUAAAAGGGUGUAAAUGGCGACUUUUCUAAUCAAUUUGGGUUCUCAGGGCUUCCAAAGAUUUAGUUUACCCCAUAUUAUGUUUUUUGACAUUUCUAAAUAAGUUGCUGAAUCAUACCCUACUGCAAUAUCGUCUGUCUGUGAAGCUACAGAAAUGUUUUGUGGGCUACGAAACUUCACCCGACUUUUCGUCAGCAUGAGACUGAUUAGAUAAUGAAUGCAUUUUUAUUUAUUUUUUUUGCAGUCAUCCUUUAAAGUCAAUGAAUUUCCUCUGGCUCUUCAUUUAAAACAUUGUAUUUUCUAUAUUGUACCUCUGAUUGUCAUCCUGAGACUUUUAUCUGAAUUGCUCCCAGUCUCUUCUCCCCCUGAUGAACUUUCCAUCACUUCUGUGGUAUACAACUUGGUGGCUUGAUAUUGAACAUGAGGCUUCUCCAUGUUUCUUUUGAAUAAUGUGGCUCAUGCUGCCCUCUGCUGUUACUUAUUCAGACUUAUUGUCCACGGCUUAACAUUUGCUUAUAGCCUCGUUAUGUAACAUAAAAUCCUAGCAGUGACACCGUAGUAUUUAUAAUUAACUCAAAAUCGAUAUCAACGAUAAGUUCAUGCGACAAACAUGCUCAGCAGACCGGAACUCCAGCUGUGUAAACGCGGGUAACAGCCAGUGGCAUCAGAUCGCCAUUAACAUUGUUCUCUCACCACUCAAUACGAAUUAAAUUACCUAUUUAAACUCGCAUUUGUCCACUCGCUGAAAACAACGAGGUUACGAGUAUUAAAAAACUGAAACAAAAGAGGAUAUAUCGUCGAUGGGUUUUAAGUAAAGCUGUUAUCUAAAACACACAGCCUGCGGUUUCUUUGUGGCGGCGGCCUGCAAUUGUUCCAUUCAUAGCCAGCCAAUCAGAGUGGAGCUUACUGGCGCGUUCCAUCCAAUAGCGGGGCUGGUUGUUGUUCGGCCCUGUUGCGACCGCGGACAGACAGAAGCAAGUGGACCGGUUGGAAGCUAAGCUAAUCCAGUCUUAUUACAGCUAGUUUAUUAAGAUUUUUGCAUUGGCUCCACCUGCAGCACACGCGUGUAUCUGUUUCCGAAAAAUCACAGCUACCCGUGAGUAUUUUAUCGGUGAGGCUAAGAAGCUAAACCGGGCAUUUAUUUUGUUUAACCGCUUCUGGGCUGCUAGCUGAAUUGGCAGCGGCAAGGCGCCAGUCGUGUUUGACAACAGCGCUAUUCAGUCACGUUCCCUGUGUUGUUGUUGGUAGCUGCCUACCGAACGCGCUAAUUUCCGUUUGGUGCAAGCGGCAAAAUAGAAAAAAGGCUCCGGAUAGCUAAAACAAAGUUAAAACAUGGCAGAAUUCCUCGAAGAUCCGUCGGUUCUCACGAAAGAUAAGCUGAAGAAUGAGCUCACAGCCAACAAUGUGCCACUUCCCAGCGGAGAGCAUAAAAAAGAAGUGUACGUGCAGCUGUAUCUGAAAAACUUGACUGUGCUGAACAACAAGAAGAACCCGCCUGCAGACACCUUCUCCAGCGAUGAAGAGUUGCCUGCUCCCGUUGUGUCCAACAAAAGCCGAUCUGGAAGAAAAGCAACCAAAAAGACAGACAAACCUCGCACAGAGGAAGUGGAGGUGACAGAUCUGACUGAUGAAGAUUUGAAACAACAGCUGGCGAAACAUGGUGUGGAGUCGGGACCCAUUGUCGCCUCUACCCGUAAGUUGUAUGAGAAGAAGUUGCAGAAGCUUUUGGACCAGCCUCCAGCUGAACCUGAUGCUCCUACUGACGUCACAACUCUCCCCAAGGCAGACAGUAACCAGAACGGCAACACAAACUCUGACCAGUACAGCGAUAAGGAGGAUGAGGAGAUUGCUGCCCCUGAACCAGAGCCAGUUCCUGUAGUAGAGAAGCCUGUGAGGAGCAGAGGGAAAACCCCAGUCACCACUAGAACCAGCAGCAGACGACAAACUAAGGUGGUGGAGGAAAUUGUCAUUGAAGAAACACCGAAGAAGGCCAGUAAGAGUGUUGUUGAGGAUAUCCUUGCCAAUGAAAUAAGCACACCAACAGGCAUCAGUGCAACCUGUCGGCGUCCAAUCAGAGGAGCAGCUGGUCGACCAGUCAAACCAACCGAAUACUGGCUUGACGAGUCCCGUGUGCAGCACACUCUCUACACUGAGAACCGCUCCUCUUACGCAGAGUCUUUCUCCAUGGCGGGCAGCAAUGUCUCUUCAAGCAAAGCACCAACCAGACGAGGCUUCUUGUCUGUGUUGCUCAAGCUCCUGCUCCUCGUUGUGGUGGUCAGUUCUCUUUACUAUGCCUACCAGAAUCUGGAUGCCGAGCACAUCAACACCCUCAAAGGUCUCCUAGACAGCGUUGUCGUCCCCGUUCAGGGCGUUGUGAACAGCGCAGCCACCUACCUAGGCAUCAGCGACAGCAGCAGCAGUGCUCCACAGAGCGCUGGCAAUUAAAGACCCUCAGCAGUCUCUCGCCAUGCCCACACCACCUCCCCGCCGCCUGCCACAGCACACCACAACUCAAGCAGUACACUUGGCACACCUCUUCCUUUUACCUACAUGGUUGGACAAAGGACACAGAUUAAAUUGGAACCAUAAACUUACUCCUCUCUGGACUCCAGUUUUCCUCCCACCACAAGAGGAAACAGUAGCUUCUGGAUAACACUGUUGUGUGGCAGUCAGAAGAGACUUGUUUUAAUGUGGAUUUUAAUCUGUGAAUUGUUUUGUGUCUUUGUGUGUAUUUAACCCAUGUAUCUAGAAAAAAGUGCAGAAUGGAGAAGUCAGGAUAACCAUGCAUGGUUGUAGUUUUUGAAGGUGAAAUUGUAGUUUCUAACUCUCUGUGCCAGGUGUUUUUCUGACGGUGAAGUGCCUGGACACUGUUAGCACUUAGUGCCCUCCCAUUUUAAAGCACAAAGCAGUGCUACUACUAAUGCCAGAAUGUCUCAGUGUUUCUGUAUGAACUUCAAAAUUUGCUCUGUAGCUAUAGAGUUAGUUAGAGUGAUUCAUUAUUUCUAAGGUGCUCAGGUCGAUUCAGCUCAAACCUUUUAAUGUGGUCUGUGUUGGGAGGAGACAUUUGGUGUAAUCAGGUCACAUCACUGCAUGAGGAAAAUCCGCCCACGUUCAGGUUGAGGUUAUAAAAAGUUUUAUUUUUUUGUUUUUUCCCAGCGGCCGGUCACUGCUUGAAUCAUGUUUACGGAGCUCUGUGAUCUUGACGAAAAUGAUAAUUCUUGUUACUCUGCUCUAAUGAUUUUUACUGUCAGCAGAUUUGAUGAAAGUUUUAUGUACUUUUAUCAAAAUCCUCUUUAAUUUGCAUACAAUACUCGAAAUAACACAGCGUGUUAAGUAUUGAUUAUCUGCCAAGGAAACUGAAAUUGCAACAUUUGAUCAUGGAUUGAUUUUCCAGCCCUGCCGGUGUGCCCAUUUCAGUUUACAUGCUUUGGGUUUUAGUGGUCUGUUGUGCUUUUUUUGUUUUUGCUGUUUUUUAAUUAGAUUUCUGAUCCUUCGGUCCUAUAUGCAGGAUUGGCUUUUGCAGUGCACCCACAUAGCCCAGCUCACUGACAGCACGUGUCCAUACAUGGCGGAUCUGUUGAGUAGAUAUAUGAAAAAAGUUGAUCAAUUUAUUCUUUUCAGAACUAUUGAAUAAUUCUGCCUGUGAAAAAAUUAUCACAAUUAAGUCACUGUAAGUCACUGAAGGGGGUGUUUUUACCCAGUGGGGUUGAUGUUGGGGGUGAGAGGAUUUCUGGGGCAUCUUUGUUUCUAUUUUGAUAUUUUUCUAAAGUGGUGUGUUGAACUUUUUAUAGCACAUUUUAAAGUUUGAAAGCAAUAUGUAAAACUUUCAAGUGAUACUGUAUCUUAAUCUGAAUCUUACUGACUUAACACAAGUGAUUCAUCAUCAGGCAGCUCUCCCACAAUGGACAGAAAUGACAGGGGUUAUGUGGGUAAGGAUUUUUAAUCUGUUUAUUUAUGAUAAUGUAGGCGGUGUAUCAUGAAAUAAACUUUGUUGUUACCAGA